AUGGACGAAGAUGUCGCCCAGUUCAUGACCAUUACCGGCAUCGAUAACGAGCGCGUGGCCCGGGGCUACCUCGAGAUAUCGGGCAGCGACCCUAUGCAGGCCAUACAACUGUUCUUCGAGAGCCCCGAGCUGGCCGCCAACUUCACCAACCCCGCCAGUGCCGCCGCCGCCCAGUCCUCGCCCGCUCCCUCGCGUUCUACCCGCGGCGGACGGUCAGCCUUCGCCGGCCGCGAGGAUGCCCAGGGCGUCAUCACCAUAGACUCAGACGACGACGGCGACGACCACGAUGUAGAGAUGAGCCAGGCCGACAACGACGACGGCGGCGACGACGAUAUCGCUGCAGUGGCGCGCGCUGCCCAGGAGGAGGACGACGCCGACAUGGCCAGGAGGCUGCAAGAGGAGAUGUACGGCCAGGGCACAGUUGGUGGUGGCGGCGACGAAGAGGGCAUCCGAGCGCCCAUGGGCCGCACCACAGAGACCCUGGUGGCUCCGGAUCCGUCGUGGAGUUUGGAAGAUGACAGGGAAGCCGCCGUCCUGGAACAGCUCCGCCGCAGACGGCAACCGCCUUCGAGGAACCCUUUCAGUCAGGCAUCGGUGUGGGACGACCCAGGUGCCCCCGGUGUAGGUGUGCCACCCGUCCCGAUGGGCUCGCGCCCUGGCGGACCCCCGGCAGGCGGCCGAAGCCAGAGAUUGGCCGACAUGUUUCGGCCUCCGUACGACCUGAUCUCGCAUCUUUCGUGGGACGAUGCGCGGCAGGAGGGCAAGGAUGAGAAGAGGUGGAUCAUGGUUAACGUCCAGGACAUGAGCGACUUCAACUGUCAAACAUUGAAUCGGGAUCACUGGAAAGAUGAAAACAUCAAGGCCUUGUUGAAGGAGCACUUCAUCUUCCUGCAGUACGAUAAGGACAGCCCUCGCGCCCAGGAGUACAUCGGUUUCUACUUUGGCCAGGGCUAUGAGAACCCCGACAACUAUCCAUAUGUUGCCAUCAUCGACCCUCGGACGGGGGAGCAGGUCAAGUUAUGGUCCGGCCCUCCUUUCCCCGGCAAGGCCGAAUUCUACUCGGAACUGAUCGAAUUCCUUGAUCGUUACAGCCUGGCAGCCAACAGCAAGAAUCCUGUCCCCAAGACCAAGCCCAAGUCCAAACCGGUAGAUUUCGACCGUCUGACGGAGGAACAACAAUUGGAGAUGGCCCUGCAGAACAGCCUCGAGUCCAAUGGCAGUUCGUCCAAAGCUAGACCCAGCGAGCAGGACCCCGACGAGCUUACCAAGUCCAUCCCCGAUCUCGCCAAGCGUGAAGGAACAUCAGCCACAGCAUCACCCUUCUCUUUGAUCUCGUCGAAUGACCCUCAUGUAGAGCCAGAGCACAACCCAGCCACCGCGACCCGGAUCCAAUUCAGGCACCCUGCCGGUCGUGUAAUUCGAAGAUUUGAAACUGCAGAUCCAGUGCGUCGUAUCUACGAGUGGCUCAAGGCUGAGCCACUCGAUGGCAAGGAGGGUGUUCCGUUCGAGCUCAAAGCACAGCCAGGUGGGGAUUUGAUCGAUAAGCUAGAUAUCUCCAUCGAGCAGGCCGGACUCAAACAGGGCACCGUCAUGAUCGAGUUUCUUGAGGACGAGUAG